GAUUAUCGUCACUUCCUGUAGCUUCCCCAGCUACAUUCUCCAUCGUCCCUUGAGCAGGGGAAGGAACGAUGUCAGGUGUUGGGGGAGGAAAACGUCCCUCAGGGGGGGACAGCCCCCCUUGCCCACCUGAGAAGAAAAGCAAGAAGGAGGAGAAGACCACCACCACACUCAUCGAGCCCAUUCGAAUAGCUGGGGUCUCUUCUACGGAGGAAAUGGACAUGAAGGUGAUCCAGUUCAAGAAUAAGAAACUAUGUGAGCGACUGGAGCAGAGACAGACCAUGGAGGAUGAGUUACGAGAGAAAAUCGAGAAGCUGGAGAAGAGACAAGCCACCGAUGACACCACCCUGCUGAUUGUCAACCGCUACUGGUCACAGUUGGAAGAGAAUGUGCAUGUUCUACGCAAACGUAUAAAGCCAGAUGCUCCAGUGGCGUCUACCCCGGCCCCGCCCUCUGCCCCUCUCCCUGAUCCCACACCGAUGGAGGAAGAUGGCGUCAAUCUGGCUUCACCAACCUCUGCAGUUCCUCCUCCUCCCCUUCCAGAAGUCCAGAAUGAGGGCGAGCAGGCAGAGAAACAGCAGGAGGAGUGUCCGGAAGAGCGUCAGGAGGAGAAGCAGCCUCCUCCUCCUCCUGUGGGGUCAGAAGAGUUGAUGACAACGACAGAGCCGUCACAGAACUCAACAAAAGAUGCGUCACCACCUCCUCCUCCACUAAGUGAUAAUGCCAAGGGUUUCCUGACCACGCUGGAGCACAGCAGCGAGGAAGAGCUCACCCUGCACCUCCAGGACCGCAUGCAGUUCAGCAAGGAAGCGAUUGCCUGCUUGGUCUGUGUCUUCGACAGGCUGCACAGUCGAAUUGACAGUAUGUGCAAGCACGUCCAAGCUUCAGCAUGUGAGGACAGUAGCCAGUCUGACAUCAUCAAUGUUAGCCACACUCUGCUGGAUGAGAACAGUCGACUGAGAGACCUGGCCAUUCUCCUGCAGGGUCGUCACCACAAGAUGUCCAUGGAGUACAAUGAGUUGGUGGACAAGGUGACCAGCUCCGAGACCAAGGUGUCUGAGAUGGAGACGACAGUGGAGGACCUGCAGUGGGACAUUGAGAAACUCCGCAACAGGGAACAAAAACUCAACAAACAUCUGGCAGAGGCCAUGGAACAGCUGAAGUCUGGAUACAGCAGCACUGGUAGCUCAGGCGGGCUUCCUGGAGGUCAGAUUACACUGAAUAUUCAGAAGUUUGAGAGUCUCAAUGCAGAGUUGGAGCACAACCAGGAGUUAGCAAACAGCCGCAUGGCAGAGUUGGAGAAACUGCAGGCGGAGCUCCAGGAGGCUGUGAGAGAGAGCGAGAAGCUCAAGAUUGAUUUGCGCAACAUUCCAGAAGAGGUUGUGAAGGAGACUCUAGAGUAUAAAUGUCUGCAGUCUCAGUUCUCCGUGCUGUACAAUGAGUCGCUUGGGGUCAAAACCCAGCUGGAUGAAGCACGGGCGCUCCUGCUCACCGCAAAGAACGCCCACCUCCGACAGAUUGAGCACAUGGAGAGUGAUGAGCUGUCCCUUCAAAAGAAGCUGCGGACUGAGGUCAUCCAGCUGGAGGAUACCUUGGCUCAGGUGCGCAAAGAGUAUGAGAUGCUGCGCAUUGAGUUCGAGCAGAACCUGGCAGCCAACGAGCAAGCAGGUCCAAUCAACAGGGAGAUGCGACACUUAAUCAGCAGCCUUCAGAACCACAACCUCCAGUUGAAAGGGGAUGUGCAGCGUUAUAAGAGGAAGUUGCGGGAAACACAGAUGGAGAUCAAUAAGUUGCGUUGUCAGAGCGGCGACACGCCGGUUCUGAUUCUCGAGGAGACGACGAGUGACAGCGUCGACGUGAAGAAAGAGGACGAUGAGGACCAGGAGGAGGAGGAGGAGGAGAGGAGGAAGGAGCUUGAGAGACAGCGGGCCAGGGAGAGGGAGAGAGAGGCUGAGCGAGAACGAGAGAGGGAGCGUGAGAGAGAGAGACAGCGCAGCGACGAGCUGAAGAGAAAAGACUCAGACACACUGAAGAUGCUCAGAAUAGAACUCAAAAAAGCCCAGGAGUCCCAGAAAGAGAUGAAGCUCUUGUUGGACAUGUACAAGUCAGCUCCCAAGGAGCAGAGGGACAAAGUGCAGCUCAUGGCAGCUGAACGCAAAUCUAAAGCUGAGGUGGAUGAGCUGAGGAUGAGGGUACGAGAGCUGGAGGAGAGGGAAAGGAAGGAAAGCAAGAAGCUGGCUGAUGAAGAUGCCCUCAGGAAGAUCCGAGUAGCAGAAGAGACCAUUGAGCAUCUGCAGAAGAAACUUGCUGCAACUAAGCAGGAGGAGGAAGCCCUGCUGAGUGAGAUGGACGUCACGGGCCAGGCCUUUGAGGACAUGCAGGAGCAGAACAGCCGACUGCUGCAGCAGUUAAGGGAGAAGGACGAUGCCAAUUUCAAGCUGAUGAGCGAGCGAAUCAAAUCGAACCAGAUCUACAAGCUGCUGAAAGAGGAGAAAGAGGAGCUGGCAGAACAAGUCCUCAGAUUCAAAACCCAGGUGGACGCUCAGCUGCUGGUUGUGCAGAAGCUGGAAGAGAAAGAGGGCGUCCUCCAGAGCGCGCUGGCCACUCUGGAAAAAGAGUUGGCUGUCCGGACGCAAGCACUAGAGCUCAACAAGAGGAAGGCAGUGGAGGCUGCCCAACUGGCAGAAGACCUGAAGGUGCAGCUGGAGCACACGCAGGCCAAGCUUAAGGAGAUCCACGUCUCUGUGGCAGAGAACCGCACGGCCCGGGAGAGGGAGAGCAGCAACCUGAAACGAGCACAGGAGGAUCUGUCCCGGCUGAGGCGGAAGCUGGAGAAACAGAAGAAGGUGGAGGUUUACUCUGACGCUGAUGAGAUCCUGCAGGAGGAGAUCAACCAGUACAAGGCCAAACUGCGCUGCCCCUGCUGCAACACCCGAGACAAGGAGACGGUGCUCACCAAGUGUUUCCACGUAUUCUGCUACGAAUGUCUGAAGAUGCGUUACGACACCCGGCAGAGGAAGUGCCCCAAGUGCAACUGUGCCUUCGGCGCCAACGACUUUCACCGCAUCUACAUUACCUAAUUCACGUGGAGACGGAGGAACAGUAGAGAAGAAAAAAACAACCAAAGGAGAGAAGAGAAUAGAGACACAAGAACUGAAGAUUUAUUCAAAGAUGGGAGACAUUUUUAGGAGGGGGGGGGGUAUUGAGAUGAGUUUGUUUCCCUGUUUUAAUCUCUCUUUGGAAAGACUUUUACUGCGUCAUUACCAGUCGCUGAUUAAUGUGGUGACCAAACAGUGACACAUCUUACUGAGAGUUGUGCUGUAGCUAAUAAACACAGUUGUUUGUGCAAACCGUGACGUUCUUACAUGUUGAGCUGUUUUCCCGUCUUUGCCGUUCUCGCCAAGUUAAACAUCCUUUCCUCGAACAGACUGAGCCGACUUUUAACCAUUUCAUUUUUUUUUGUAUGUAUAGAAGAACAUGAACUGCAGUGCUACAGGGUUGAUCUUCCUGACGUGUUUCCUUGAAUGGGGUUUUCUAUCCUGCUGCUUUUGUAAAAUCAGUGGAGCAGAAAAAGAAACUUCAAAAUUCAAAGAAGCCAUCCUCCACUGACUCGAGGGUUGCGUGUCUGAACCUAAAUAUGUUUCUGAUGUAUGACGUGCAACAGGCAGCUUUGUCUAACUUCCUCAGUUAGGCUAUAGUAUUAACAAUGCCCGAGAGACAUCAGCUAGUUUGGCAUCCAGUCAGCACAUACAGGAGGGUUUGGAUCACCUUGGGCAAGGUCCUCUGUGUGUGUUCAUCUCGUUGCCAUGGUUCCCGCUGGAGAGUUUUGACACAACAUCUGCAGCUUAUAGUGCCUCAUUACUGAUGAAAUCACUCCAGUGGAAAGUCAGCUCAUAUGGGUGUCCUUAGUGGGCUGUGCUGCUCCAGGUCCUCGCAGACUGCUCCGCUAAAAGGUUCGCUACGACAGCAGAGUACAAAAACAUCUGCUUAACAACAUGCUUCUUACCUAAUUGAGCCAACGCAAGCCCCUUCCCCUCUGCUCUGAUGAUGUGAUCUAUUUACUGGGAGGUUGGUUCGCGUCUGUUUGACGUUAGCGCUUGUGGGAAAGGCAGUUCACACCAUGUAGCGCACAUAAAAAAAGUUCCAGUGCUGCGGAGAAAAAGAGUGGACAUGUGAAGAAAAAGGGGGCAUUUGGUAACGGUUAUGGAAGAGUCGCUGCAGGAUCUGGCUUUUGUUGGCAAAGAUAAGAAUCAUUUUACUGUUAAUAAUUCAUGAGCAUUGGUUGUUUACUCAUAUGAAUGUGCAUAAUAACCUGUCUAAAAUAAAUGAGUAGUUUCCA